CAUACAGUUCAUAUUUUGUAAAGACGGCUAGCAAACAAGACCUUCACCUUCCACUGAAUGUCAUGGCAUGGAUUCUCAUUCAAUCCAGCUAUGUAUGAGAAUUUUUAGAGCCGCACCAUUGAACGACCACAAGUUGAUUGUCUCGUAGGACAAUCCAACAGAGACCCCAUUUCUCUCUCUGCUUUUAAUUUCCACCGCGAGUUCAAACUCAAACUCAACAAUUUGAGGAGCAAAGCAAAUCAAGCCACCAACCAGCACAAAGCUCAAUCAAUAUUCUCAAUUCAUGGCCUCUUUCGAGUCUUCUACCUCUCUUCCACUCUUUCUCCAUUCUCUUUCAAUUUCCCUUUUCUUCAUUUUCCUUCAAAUUCAAACGAGUGCUUCCUCUGUCUCUUCAACACAAACACAAACACAAACACACUACAUAUUGCCUCUAAAAGCACAAACACUUCCUUCACGUGAGCUCUCUUUCCAGCACAAUGUCACCUUAACCGUCUCACUAACCGUUGGCUCGCCCCCACAGAACGUUACCAUGGUCCUUGACACAGGGAGUGAACUCUCAUGGCUUCACUGCAAAAAAUUCCCAAACUUGAAUUCCAUUUUCAACCCACUCCUCUCUUCCUCGUACACCCCAACCCCUUGCACCUCCCCCAUUUGCACGACCCGAACCCCGGACUUCCCCAUACCCGUUUCCUGUGACCAGAAAAAACUCUGCCACGCCACGGUCUCCUACGCCGACGCCUCCUCCAUCGAGGGAAACCUCGCCACCGACACGUUCUUCAUCGGAGGCUCCGCACAACAAGGGACAGUAUUCGGGUGCAUGGAUUCCGGGUACAGCUCCAACACCAACGAGGACUCCAAUACAACCGGGUUAAUGGGCAUGAACCGCGGGUCGCUCUCGUUCGUAACCCAACUGGGCCUCCCGAAAUUCUCGUACUGCAUCUCCGGCCACGACGCCUCCGGCGUGUUGCUCCUCGGCGGCGCCACCUUCGAGUGGCUGGGGCCCCUCCAGUACACCCCUCUUGUCAAGGAGACAACCUCGUUACCGUACUUCGACCGCGCCGCCUACACGGUCCAGCUCGAGGGGAUUAAGGUUUCGGAGAAGCUGCUGCAGCUUCCGAAGUCGGUGUUCGUGCCCGACCAUACCGGGGCGGGUCAGACAAUGGUGGAUUCGGGCACCCAGUUCACGUUUCUUCUCGGGUCGGUUUACACCGCUUUGAGGAACGAGUUCGCUCUCCAAACGAAGGGGUUGCUAACGCCGCUUGACGACCCGAACUACGUGUUCCAAGGAGCGAUGGACUUGUGUUACAGAGUUCCGGCGACUAUUCCGCCGCUGCCGGCGGUGACGCUGGUGUUUGACGGGGCGGAGAUGAGGGUGUCAGGGGAGAGGCUGUUGUAUUGGGUUGGUGAUGUCAGCAAGGGGAAUGAUUCGGUGUAUUGCUUCACUUUUGGGAACUCUGACUUGGUGGGGAUUGAGGCUUACGUCAUCGGUCAUCAUCAUCAACGGAACGUGUGGAUGGAAUUUGAUUUGGUCAACUCUAGGGUUGGAUUCACUGACACUAAGUGUGAGCUUGCCAGUCAACGGCUACGCGUGCAUCCUUAGGUUUUGGAUAGGGUUUUA